ACAAGUUCUAACCCUAAUUUCAUAACUUCAAAUUUAUUCAUUUCCCCUCAUUUUCUCCUCACUCAGUCACUCACGCACGCAGCCACAAUCCCUCACUCACUCUUGGUCUCAGCCGAAUAAUCAACCUCUCAAGUCUCACCUCAUCUUCAACCUUCUUCUCCCCUUCUUGCUGCUACAGAUCUACUACAUAUCUGUUGUUGGAGCUGCUACAGAUCUGCUCCUGAAGCUGCUGUCAAAGCUGUUAGCUACAGCUUGCAGAUCUGCUCCUGUGCCGGACUCCCCUCUGCUUACUGCACUGCACUGUGCCGGACCCCCUCUGCUUGCUGCACUGCACUGUGCCGGACCCCCUCUGCUUGCUGCACUGUGCCGGACCCCUCUGCUUGCUGCACUGUGCCGGACCCCCAGCGCCGCCAUCCGUACCGCCCUUAGUCAUGUAGAGAAUCUUAUCACUGGCGUCACUAAGGGUUACCGCUACAAGAUGAGGUUCGUCUACGCUCACUUUCCCAUCAACGCUUCCAUCACCAAUGGCAACAAGUCCAUCGAGAUCCGCAACUUUUUGGGCGAGAAGAAGGUUCGCAAAGUGGAUAUGCUGGAGGGUGUUUCCAUCCUUCGAUCUGAGAAGGUCAAGGAUGAAAUCGUAUUGGAUGGGAAUGAUAUUGAGCUAGUUUCACGCUCAGCUGCUUUGAUAAACCAGAAAUGUCAUGUCAAGAACAAAGACAUUAGGAAAUUCCUUGAUGGUAUCUAUGUUAGCGAGAAGGGCAGAAUUGCUGAAGAUGAGUGAUUGCUAUCAAUCAAGAAACUGUUAUAGUUUUGUUUCAAGAACCUCUUUAUGUUGGGUUGAUUUUUGCUUAUAUUUGGAACAAGUAUAUUGCUUUAUGUUGAUUAAUUUCUAUGUAUAUUUGGAACAACUUAUGUUUGGAACAUGUUGCUUUAUGUUGGAUUAAUCUCUAUUUGGAACAAUUUUGUUGAUUUAAUUAUUUGUAUUAAAUUAAUUUUUAUUUA